GCGCUCUCCCCGCCCCCUGCAAGCCGGGCAGGGACCGAGGAGGAGGAGGAGGAGGCGCUGCAGCCGCGGCCACUGAGGCGGAGGAGGAGGCGGCGGCACUGCUGAGGGAGACCCCCCGACGGUUUAACUCAGAGGCAAACGCGUCAAGACUUCACUGCAUCCAUGUGUGGGAAGAGAUAGUUACUGCAGUCAGAGGGGAUCAAACACCGACAGCGAAAGAAAAAGAUGAGUACAAAACCAAGUGGGCUUAAGGCUCCCACCAAGAUUAGCAAGCCUGGAAGUACGUUACUCAAAUCAGCUGCAUCUAUCACUGCGGCCCCAUCAGAAAAGGCAGCCGCCAGUGAAAAGGCAUCUAGCGUUCCCACCUCAGAAGCACAGGAGGAGUUUGUCGAUGACUUCCGAAUUGGAGAGCGUGUUUGGGUCAAUGGGAACAAGCCUGGAUUUAUUCAGUUCCUGGGAGAGACGCAGUUUGCUCCGGGACAGUGGGCAGGGAUUGUGUUGGAUGAAUCGAUAGGCAAGAACGAUGGCUCUGUGGCUGGAGUCCGCUAUUUCCAGUGUGAGCCCUUGAGGGGAAUCUUCACGAGACCAUCCAAGCUAACGAGGAAAGUGGUGGCAGAGGAUGAAGCCAACGGGACGCAGGCAUCGCACGCUUCCAGAGCCACUUCGCCAACCUCUGUGUCGGCUGCCAGCCUUGUGUCUUCACCCUCAGCCGCAGCUCACCUUCCUCCAACUGGUAUCCCUCACAAAGCAUCUCCCCCUGCUGCUAAGGAAUACCCGGUUUCUCAAAUUAGUAACCUUUCCAAAACGGCUAGCGAAUCUAUAUCUAAUCUUUCUGAAGCUGGCUCGCUGAAGAAAGGAGAAAGGGAGCUUAAAAUUGGAGACAGGGUUCUGGUUAGUGGUACAAAAGCUGGAGUCGUUCGCUUCCUUGGAGAGACUGACUUUGCUAAGGGAGAAUGGUGUGGUGUUGAAUUAGAUGAACCGCUGGGGAAGAAUGAUGGAGCAGUCGCUGGAACGAGGUACUUCCAGUGCCAAGCCAAAUAUGGGUUGUUUGCCCCUGUCCAUAAAGUUACCAAAAUUGGCUUCCCAUCCACCACGCCGGCAAAAGCCAAGACGGCGGUCAGGAAAGUCCUCGCUACUCCCUCGAGCCUGAAACGAAGUCCAAGUGCCUCUUCCCUCAGCUCGCUGAGUUCCAUGGCCUCCUCCGUAAGCAGCAAGCCCAGCCGUACAGGACUAUUGACAGAAACGUCUUCACGGUAUGCAAGAAAGAUUUCGGGCACUACUGCUUUGCAGGAGGCCCUGAAAGAGAAACAGCAGCAUAUAGAGCAGCUCCUGGCUGAGAGGGACCUGGAAAGAGCCGAGGUUGCCAAGGCUACCAGUCACGUUGGGGAAAUAGAGCAGCGGCUGGCAUUGGCACAAGAUGGGCACGAUCAGCGUAUACUAGAAAUGGAAGCGAAGAUGGACCAAUUGCGGGCCUUGGUUGAAGCUGCUGAUAGAGAGAAAGUAGAAUUGCUUAACCAGUUGGAGGAGGAGAGAAGGAAGGUUGAAGACCUCCAGUUCCGGGUAGAAGAAGAAUCCAUUACCAAAGGCGACUUAGAGCAAAAGAAGCAGAUUUCUGAAGAACCUGAGAAUACGCAGACCAAACUGGAGCAUGCCCGCAUUAAGGAGCUUGAACAGAGCCUGCUCUUUGAAAAGACCAAAGCUGACAAACUCCAGAGGGAGUUAGAAGACACUAGGGUGGCCACUGUAUCUGAAAAAUCUCGUAUCAUGGAACUGGAAAGAGACCUGGUACUGAAAGCGCAAGAAGUCAGGGAGUUGCAAGCCAAAUUGGAGUCCUGCAGUAGUGUGGACACGUCUCUCUCCCUGUUGCAAGAAAUCAGCGCUCUGCAAGAAAAGAUGGCAUUGCUAAGCAAAGCACAUGAAAAUGAGAUGAAGACACUGAAGGAACAGCUGGGGACCAGCGAAGAAUCUUAUCGGAAGGAAAUCAAAACCUUGCUGGCAUCCAACGAGAAAAUGGCCAAGGAGGGUGAGUCACUGAGAGCAAAGCUGGAUGCUGUCAACAAGGAGAACUUGGAGGCGAUCGAACAGUGGAAAGCCAAGCUACAGUCUGCUACAGCUUCGCACCAGCAAGCAGUGGAAGAGCUGAAGACCUCGUUCAGCAAAGGGGCUGGGGCCCAGAUGGCUGAGUUUGCAGAACUCAAGACCCAGGUCGAGAAGAUGAGAGUGGAGCAUCAGAACGAAACAUCGAACCUGAAAAUGAAACAAGAAAACGAGAGAUCCCAUCACCAGAAGGAGGUAGAAGCUCUGAAACAGAAGUUGCUGGGAGUUGUGGAGGAGAAGGAGAGAAGCUUAGAAACCUUGAAGACCAAACUGGAGAGUGCAGAAGAUCAACAUCUGGUGGAAAUGGAAGAUACUCUAAACAAGCUGCAGGAAGCUGAAAUAAAGGUAAAAGAGCUUGAGGGCCUCCAGGCCAAGUGGAAUGAACAAGCCCAGACUAUCGAUGAAUUCAAAGCAAAGGUGAAAACUGCUGAAGCAGAGCUCUUGGAACUUGAUGCCCUUCGGAAGGCCAGUUCAGAAGGUAAACUGGAGCUGGAGAAACUUAGGAAGGAGCUCGAGGCAACUGAGAAAAAGAUUCAGAAUUUAGAGAAUAAAAGGAAUAAUGAAAGUAGCCAGGCUGUUGAUCUGAUCAAGGAACUGGAAGGGAAAGAGCAAAAGCUUCUUGAGCUUGAGAAUAACUUGGGUGCAGUAAAUCAACUUAAAGACUCUUUGGAAAAGGAGCUUCUGGAGCUGAAAGGAAAAUUUACUAAGGCUGCAGAUGAAGCUGAAAAUGUACAAAAAUCUAUGCAAGAAACUGUUGAAAAGCUAAACCAAAAAGAACAUCAAUUUGCACUCAUGUCGUCUGAACUAGAUCAACUACGGACUUCCUUGACAACUCUGGAGAAGAAAUUGAAAGAGAGGGAAGACAGAGAACAGCAGCUAAUCGAGGCCAAAUCCAAACUUGAAAAUGAUAUUGCAGAAGUCAUGAAAUCGUCGGGAGAUAGUUCUUCGCAGAUGAUGAAGAUGAACGAUGAACUGCGGCUAAAAGAAAAACAGCAGGAGGAACUACACCUUCAGCUCACCAAGGCCAAUGAAAGAGUUGCGCAGCUGCAGGAGAGCCUGGAGGAAGCCGCACGUAAAGCUGAAGAGAGGCAGCAAGACACACAGAAGAGCCAUCAGGGCGAGCUGAAAAAGUUACAAGACAAAUUAAGCAGCCUGGAAAAGAAAAUCGCAGCCAGCCAAAAUCAGUAUAAGGACUUGCAGGCAACGCAUGAAAAGAUGCAGUCGGAGAUGGCUGCCAAGCAUGACGCAGCCGUCAAAGAUCUUAAACAACAUUUGCAGGAAACAGAGCAGAGCUUGGCAAAGGCACGAGAAACAACCAGUGAUUUGCAAAAACAGGUGGAGAAGUUGAAAAAGGAAGCCGAGCAUGCAAAGUCCUUAACCUCUAUGUUAGCUGCAGCCAAAAAAGAGAUUGAACUAAUGUCAGACAAGAUGAGGGCUUUGAUAUCAGAGAAAGAGUCCCUGGCGCAGGAGGGGAAUGCUUUAAAGUUAGAAAAAGGUUCCUUGUUAUCAAUUGUAGAGUUGGAGUCCAAAGUUGGGUUGUUAAAGCAAGAUCAGGAAAAGCUUUGGACGGUUAACGAAGAGCUCAUAGAGAACAAAAGAGUCUUAAAGGAGAAACAAGAAGCGGAGAGCAAAACUUGGCAAGAAACAGGCAAGAGCGAAGAACUGCUGUCUGAGAGAGGAAAGCUGCUCUUGGAAGUAGAGGCAGCCCAAGACGAUCUCCUUAAGAUAACGAGAGAGAAUGAUGCUCUACGGACCUCAAAGGCCACCCCUCAGCAGGUGAAUGAGUUCCAGGCCUGUAAUGAUGCCUUGGCUCAGGAAUCUCAGAAGCAGACCAGCCAAAGGGAAGAACUGGAAGACUAUCAGAGAAAGCUCCUGGAGGAGAACGCUGCCCUUCUCAAAGACAAAGAUGAUGAUCAGAAGCUCAAGAACUCCUACGAAGACAUGGCCAGAGACCAAAAGGAGCUCCUUCAGGAGAUCUCAACCUUGGCUGCUGAGAGGACUUACUGUUAGCAAAACACUCGAGUCUUGAAAUGAAGAUGUGCUUUGAAAAGGGAGAUAGACAGCUGAGGCAGACAAGCAAGAACUCCAGCUGGACAAGGAAGACUCUUGAAAAGGCAGGAAGAGCUGCGUCAAAGCUUGGAGCAGGCUCUGGAUGAAAAACAGAAGCUUGGUGUGAAAGUCGAAGGCCUGCAGGCUGAUCUAGAAGGGACAAAUAAAGAGCUUAAAAAGAUCACCAAAGACAAUGCACAGUUGCAAGCCUCCCAUUCCAGUCUUUCAAAGCUGCUAGAAGAGAUUAAGGUCAGCAGAGAGACGACGGACUCUGAGUGUAUUCAGUUAAUGCAGGAGAAGGAGUCCUUGGCUUCCUCUGAAAGGAGGCUUUUGAGCGAAAGAGAAGAACUUCUGAGAAACAAGGUGAUUUCGGAAAAGCUGGCAAAACUCUCAGAAGAUUCGGCUCGUGCAGAGAAAACUUUAAAUGAGAUGCUAAGCCAGAUAUGCGCAGAGAAGAACUGACUUAUCAGAAAUGCACAAAGCUUAAGAAACAAAACGAGAGCCUUGCGAAGGAAAAGGGCCGCCCUGGAAGCAAAAUGCGCAGAGCUCCUGGCAGAGAAGCAGUCGGCUGCCAAAGCCCUGUGUGACUUGAAGAGAAAGCAUGAGUUGGACAUCUCUGCCAAGCGAGUGUUGACUCAAGAAAAAGCAAAGCUCCGCAGUGUUGAAACUCUGAAGCGGGAGCUGGACCAGAAAAUGGAAGAAAACCAAGAGCUGGUCAGCUUCAAAUGUGAGCUGUCCACCAUCUUGAAAGAGACUCAGAGUGCCAAAACGGUGCUAGAAAACGAGUACUCUGCCUUGCUUCAUGCAAAGCAGAUGCUGUCAGCUUCGUUGAAGAGCAGCUCUUCGGAGAAGGAGCUCUUGAGCCAAGAGAACAGCCGGUUGCAACAAGAGUGCCAAAGGUUAAGCAGAGAGGUCCAGAGGAUCCAGGACUGCCUCACCAUCGAACAAGAAGGCAGGAAGCUAGAGAAAGAGUCUUUCAUGGUGGAGAACACGCAACUUCAGAACGGUGUCAGCUUCUUAGAGAGGGAGAAGGAAGAGCUGACAUCUAGGAACCGAGAGCUGUUGACCGAGAGGGAACAACUGAAGCAACGGAAAUUAAAAUCCGAUUCCAGACUAGAGGAAAUCAUGAAAGAAAAGGAGGUCCUUAGUGGAACUGACCGACUUGCAUCCGAAAUUGGAAAACUCAAGAGCGAGUUUGAAGCGCUGACAAAAACAAAGGCGGAACUCCAGGAACUGCACGAGAGUUCCAAAAUCCUGGAAGAUCUUCGUUGCAGCCACGAAACCUCAGAACUGGAGCGCGCCAGACUUCGCCAGGAGAAUGAGAUUCUGCUUUCGGAGCAGAGGAAUCUGAUCUCCAUAAAGGAAGAGAUCUCGAAAGAGAAGGAGAAGUUUUCAGAAGACUACUAUAAACUGCACGAGGAAGUAUCGCUCUUAGCGCAGACUAACAGUGAGAUGUCUGCCAGCCUCGUGGAGUGAUCAGAAUAAAAACAUGGACUGCAGAAGGACAGAGAUGUGCUUCUCUUGAAACUGAAAGAAAUCGAGAGUCUCCAGGCACAGGCAGUAACACAGAGAUCUGAGGUAUCAAACACCGUUAAAACCAGUCCAGUCUGGUUACUAACCCCAAACACUAACGUCAAAUCAUUUUACUGUCUGCACUUAAUUUUGCACAAUCCAGCACCUUACCUCAGCCUGAACUCCCUCUUAAUUAUGUGUUUCUCAGUAUAUUUAAUUAAGAGAUUCCCCCCCCCCUCCCCCAAACACAUCUUAAAAACUCAAUACUCAGCUCUCUGCUUCCCACAGAUCCAGUUGGAUACCCUUAAAGAGAACAGCCUGAAGAACCAAGAGGAGCUUAACAAGUCAAAGGAGCUCCGUGACAUGGAAGGGAAGAAAAUGGAAGAGAUGAGAAGAGAACUAGAAGCACUGAGGCUGGCAGAGGCUGAGAAGUCCCAGCAGCUCGCAGCCUUGCAAGAAGAGAACGUUAAACUUGCUGGAGAGCUAGGCAAAGGUGAAGUCACAAGUCAUCAGAAGCUGGACGAAGAGAGAUCCGUCCUCAAUAACCAGUUGUUAGAGAUGAAAAAGAGCUUGCCCAGUAUCACUUUAAGAGAAUCUGAGUUAAAAAAAGAAAUUGAUGAAGAGAGAACUUCCUUACAGAAAUCCCUCAGUAUUACUAGUGCCUUGAUCACAGAGAGAGAUGAAGAGCUGGAAAAACUCAGAAAUGAGGUUACUGUGCUUCGUGGGGAGAAUGCCACUGCGAGGAGUUUGCAUUUUGUAGUUCAGUCGCUGGAGUCUGAUAAGUUGAAACUUGAGCUAAAAGUAAAGAAUCUGGAACAGAAGCUCAGAGAGAGCCAGAAUGUACCUCCCGGUUCCUCAGAUGACAUAGUUGGUGGCACCACCCAGGAUGAAAGCGCCCAGGAAAGCCAGAUCGACUUCCUAAAUUCCGUAAUAAUAGAUCUUCAGAGGAAGAAUGAAGAGCUGAAGUUGAAAGUGGAAGUGAUGUCUGAGGCAGCUCUCAACAGCAAUGAGGAAGAAGUCGUUAAUUAUGACAGUGAGGAAGAGAACCCCACUAAGAAGAAGCCUCGCCUUUUCUGUGACAUCUGCGACUGCUUCGACCUUCACGACACCGAAGACUGUCCAACUCAAGCGCAGGUUCCGGAUGAGCCUCCACACUCAACUUACCACGGCAGCCGGAAAGAAGAGCGCCCCUACUGUGAAAUUUGCGAGGUGUUUGGGCACUGGGCCACAAACUGCAACGACGACGAGACCUUUUGAUGCACCUGAGGACCGGGGGGAAAGGAACUUGCUCGGCGUGUUUGUCAAACAGCGUACCCGUCAGCAAUUUGGCUGUGCAAAGAAAGAUAGAGCGGCAGCCCCUGCCCGCAACCAACAAUAGAAAUAGCUUCAUCUUUCACUACAAAAUAUUUUAUUCUGUCCUUCCUGAGCUAAAAUCAAAUACUUUUUACUAGGCAGUUGUCCGCCAUUUUCCUUUCCAGUUCUUGGGUUUGCGCCGUCUCUAAGGGGAAGGUUCUCUGGGUUGUGACACUGACUUAUAGGAAAUGAAAAACACCCUUAGUUUCUGCUUAUUUAAAGACCUUUUAAAAAAUAUGCUGUUAAUUUUCAUAUUUGCACUAAGCUCUUAAAGCUCUGUUUGUAUGUUUUUUAGAGUUUUGUAAAGCUUUCGACACUGGAAUGAGUUUGAGAGAUGAGCUCUUUUUUAAUUUUCAUCUGCUCGGUUAUCUCUUGAUCAAAGAAUUUGUAAGCUCUGGUGCGCUACCUAGAGAUCUGUAGUGCCUUUAUUUCAGCAAGAUUUCUUAACGGCGUGAAAUAUUGUUUAAACAAAAUAUCAUUAAGCAGGUAAAGCUACUGUUGGGAAUCUUUUUUUUUUAUACAGAAAAUUCUAUGCUGUGCACAUUGAUGGAAUCCCUUCCCAGGUUCUUUCCUUUCCUGUAAAGUUGUACAUACGUACAUAUAUAAAUAUAUAUAAGAAAAGAAUUAUAUUUUGGAAAACUUUCUUAUUGUUCUUGGCGUUUCGAUUCAUCUGAACGGACCUCUUUGUGCACACCACAGUAACUUUAUGUAAUGACUUAACAGCCUCAGUUUUGGGAGAUUUUUUUUACUGGCUUCCUGAUUGCGCGUGUGUGUGUGCGUGUGUGUAUAUGAGUGCAUGUAAUGAAAAAAAAAAUCUUCCAGCAGAUUUGUAUCCUGUAACAGGUUUUUGUUAAACAUCCGUUCAGAAAUCAAAACCUUUUUUUUGAUGAAUGAUUUAUUUAUUUCCCCACCCUCUUCUGGGACUUUUGUUCCAGACGAAUGUAAAACGAGGAAAUUCAGUGUUUAGGAAAUCUUGAAUUUUCUAAGAGAUUAAAACUCUAUGAGAAAAGUGGGCGGAGCUCUGCUAUGCUGAUUUCUAUGUGUUGUUCCUGAUGAGAUUACCCUGUCUCGGAGUUGGUGAUGUGUACGACUUAACUUGAGUUAAAGUUGAUGCCAUAGUAAGUUGGUUUUAAAUCUCUUGUUUUUUGAAUGUCUCAAACCAUAAAUGUAAAAAAAAAGAUGAACUAUAUCUCUCCUGCUGUCUGUACAUUAUUGAGAAAUCUAACUCUUGUAUAACUGGGUGUAUAUUAUAUAUAUGUAUAUGCCUUUGGUGUAUUUUUUUUUCUCCAGAUUACAGACAGUAUUUGGCAGAUGAGUAUAAAAGUCAAUCUUAUGUAAUUUGUUUGAAAUUUGGAGUCAUGAAUGUAUUACAGUGAUAGAAACAAAACAAAGCAGGGAAAUCAGUAUUAAACUUUAAUCCAAGUGUACUGUAUCUUUAAUAAAAUGGUUAUUCUCUUGCCAGAA